GCAACUGUAAACAAGCAGAAAGGAGAAGAAGGGCAGAGGCAAACAGGGAAGAAGGGACUCUUGGGUCAUCUCUGGAUGCUGGAAACUUCCAACCCAAGGAGGUUAUUAUAUCUUUUUGUCAAGCUGAAGACUUGAUCGACAGGCAGUGUUUUGUAGCACACGCGAGUGUCAGUCUUCAAACUACAAGUUUGGAGUUGAUGCAGGAUGCAGUCCUACCGCGUGCUGUUGCUGGGCAUUGUGGCCUCUGCUUUUUCAGCCGAAUUGAGCCGUCCAGUGAUCAGGUUCAACUCUAAGGUGGUGGGGAGCUCUGAGGUGGUGGUGGGACCUGGGGUCCCCCUGGAUCUGAGGUGUGAGGGUGACGGGCCUGUUAACUGGCAAACCAGGCUGUCCAAGCACAGACGCUACGUGUCCAGGAGCAAUAGGAACGCCUGCGUCUUGAAGGUGGAGCGUCCCACUGCAGAGUUCACUGGAACAUACAAGUGUUUUUACAUUGCUGGGUCACAACAUCGUGAGCUGACCUCCUCCGUGCAUGUGUAUGUAAAAGAUCCAAACCGGUUGUUCUGGACCAGCAGCACGUCCCUGCGGGUGGUGAGGAAGGAGGGUGAGGACUACCUGCUGCCCUGCCUACUGACUGACCCCACAGCCACAGAUCUGGGUCUCCGUAUGGACAAUGGAACCACUGUGCCACCAGGAAUGAACUUCACUGUCUACAAACACCGUGGUAUUCUCAUCCAUGGUCUCCAUCCGAGCUUUAACGCUGACUACGUUUGCACAGCCAAAGUCAAUGGAGUGGAGAGUAUCUCCAAGGCCUUUUCCAUCAACGUCAUUCAGAAACUUCGUUUCCCUCCAUAUGUCUUCUUGGAGACAGAUGAAUACAUACGCAUUGUUGGACAAGAACUCAAGAUUCGCUGCACAACACACAACCCCAACUUCAACUAUAACGUCACCUGGAGAUACACCACCAAAUCGAAACCAAUAAUAGAAGAGAGAGUUCGCUCCAGUGGAGAAAAUCGACUGGACAUACAGAGCAUACUGACCAUCUCUGCUGUUGACCUCGCAGACACUGGAAACAUCUCAUGCAUCGGCACUAAUGAAGCAGGGGUGAACAGUUCAACCACAUACCUGCUGGUUGUGGACAAGCCCUACAUCAGGCUGUUACCUCAGCUGUCACCUAAACUGGCUCACCAGGGUCUUUCAGUUGAGGUGAACGAGGGAGAAGAUCUGGAGCUAAGCGUGCUCAUCGAAGCGUACCCUCACAUUACAGAGCACAGAUGGCACACCCCGACAUCUCCCAACACAUCCACACAGGAGCACAAGUUCAUCCGAUACAACAACAGAUACCAUGCUACCCUGCAGCUGAAGAGAAUGAAUAUACAGGAGCAGGGCCAGUACACCUUCUAUGCUAGAAGUGAACUGACCAAUGCAUCUAUCACUUUUCAAGUCCAAAUGUACCAGAGACCUGUUGCUGUGGUGAGAUGGGAAAAUGUAACCACUCUGACUUGCACCUCAUUUGGCUAUCCAGCCCCCAGAAUCAUCUGGUAUCAGUGUUUUGGAAUACGACCCACGUGCAAUGAGAACACCACAGGGCUGCAGAUGGCAAUUCCUCUCCAGGCCCCCACAGUGGAGGUCCAGAGGGAGGAGUACGGCGCCGUGGAGGUGGAGAGCGUCCUGACUGUGGGACCUUCCAGCCGGAGGAUGACGGUUGAGUGCGUGGCCUUCAACGUUGCCGGUGUCAGCAGCGACACUUUUGCCAUGGAGGUGUCUGACAAACUUUUCACUUCCACUCUGACUGGAGCAGCAGGCAUUCUGACCAUCCUCCUUGUGCUACUCGUUUUUCUGUUCUACAAGUACAAGCAGAAACCCAGGUAUGAGAUCCGUUGGAAGAUCAUCGAGGCAAGAGAUGGCAACAACUACACCUUCAUUGACCCCACUCAGCUGCCCUACAAUGAGAAGUGGGAGUUCCCCAGAGACAAGCUCAAACUAGGGAAGAUCCUGGGGGCAGGAGCAUUUGGAAAGGUGGUUGAAGCCACAGCCUACGGCCUUGGAAAGGAAGACAAUGUGUUGCGUGUGGCUGUGAAAAUGCUGAAAGCAGCUAGUGCCCAUUCAGACGAGAGGGAGGCUCUCAUGUCUGAACUGAAGAUCCUCAGCCACCUGGGACACCACCAGAACAUUGUCAAUCUGCUUGGAGCCUGCACCUAUGGAGGACCAGUGCUUGUAAUCACUGAGUACUGCAGUCUCGGUGAUCUCCUGAACUUCCUUCGCCAGAAGGCAGAGACGUUUGUAAACUUUGUCAUGAAUAUUCCCGAAGUGACAGAGCACGCUAAUGACUACAAGAACAUCUGCAAUGAGAGGCAGUUCAUUAGGAGUGACAGUGGGAUCUCCAGUGAAUCCUCGAGCAGUUACUUAGAGAUGAGACCCAGUCAGCUGCCAAACACAGAAUCAUCUCGAGACUUUGUGUGCAAGGAGGAGACUGGUGAUUGGCCGCUGGACAUCGAUGACUUGUUGAGGUUUUCCUUUCAAGUAGCUCAGGGCCUCGACUUUUUAGCAGCCAAAAAUUGUAUUCACAGAGACGUUGCUGCUAGGAAUGUCCUUCUCACCAACCACAGAGAAGCGAAGAUUUGCGACUUUGGCUUGGCGCGGGACAUCAUGAAUGACUCCAACUAUGUGGUAAAGGGCAAUGCACGUCUGCCAGUGAAGUGGAUGGCUCCAGAGAGCAUCUUUGACUGCAUCUACACUGUCCAGAGUGAUGUCUGGUCCUACGGCAUCCUUUUGUGGGAGAUCUUCUCUUUAGGCAAGAGCCCCUACCCAAGCAUGGCUGUGGACUCCAGGUUCUACAAGAUGGUGAAGCGCGGCUACCAGAUGUGCCAACCAGACUUUGCUCCACCUGAGAUCUACAUGAUCAUGAAGAUGUGCUGGAACUUGGAGCCUACAGAGCGUCCGACAUUUAGUAAAAUCAGUCAGAUGAUAGAAAGACUACUUGGGGACCAUCCUGAGCAAGAACAGCUAAUCUACCAGAAUGUGCAGCAGCAGGUCACAGAGGGUGAAGUGUGUGACGAACUCAAGUGCUACGACGGCCCCUGUGACCAGUCUUGUGACCACGAGGAAGAGGAGCAGCCUCUGAUGAAGACCAACAACUACCAGUUUUGUUGAAGGCAUCGAUCCGCGGGUCAAUCAGUGAAUAAAUGGCUCAUAAACCAGCGUCGGGGGGGAGAGGGGGAUCUGCUGCAGUUCAUGGCCACAGCACAGCUUGUUCCAAUCGAGAGGGAUGCAAAGAGUCGCCUUCUCAGCUAUUUUUUUUUUUUUUCUGCCUGUUGUGCCUGCUCUCCAGACAGACAAGCAGCUGCAGCGAACAUGUGACUUGCUUAUUUGCAGACCAUGACUAGAAAAUGCCACGUCUAACACCGACUCCAGACAUGAAAGGAGGAAACAUGUCAACAAACCACACAAGCAUUCAAAGCUAUACUUUAUCCAAAGUAUUUAUCCCUGAUGGACAGUUUAUUAGUCCUGUUAUGUGUUUGAGGUAUAACCUGUUUGUCCAGAGAAUCUCCUUUGUCUCUUAUUCUGAGUGUUUUCUUAAUAUCUAUUGUAUACCAUGUUUAUUAUGAGUAUUUUUUAUUACUGCCUCAUGAGAGUGAAUGUCUUGUUUUUUCUGUGGAGAUUUAAGUUAGUUUUGUCAGCAGGAUCACUUCCUUUUCAUCAUUUAAUUGCAUGUAUGGUUUCUCAGAGGGUGCAGCUCAACAGUCACACACACUGGAUGAAAACUAUGUGUGCUACCCGUGUCCAUGUGCCCCAGAUAAGUUAGAUUUUAUUCUGUGAUUAGUCUUAAUUGAACAUCCAAAGCUCAAACUGUUUAUUUCCGCGAUUUAACAAAGCUAAAUCAACCGUAGAGAAGGAAGAGAAUGGUUAUGUUGUUGCCCUCUUUGUGCUUUGGUUGUGGCCGUAAUUCUUUUGACACACUCACAGUUGUCAGUCGACAUGUGAUUGUGCCAAUGUUCAGUGUGAUUUAGGAGCAGGGAAAUCUACGGAUCUAUUAUGGGUCAGAAGAACAAUGUCUCACGUUUGACAAUGUGAACGUUUUUUUGUUUGUUUGUUUGGUGUUUUUUUUUUUGCAUAGCACAACUUAAUCUUCUCAUAUCUUGCAGAGUCAGAUCAGCGUUAAGAUGUAAGCUUCAUCAGUGUCUGUAGUAUGUAGCAGUCAGCCUACACUGCCAAGAUUUUAGAAUGACAUAUAAGCUAGCUGAGAGAUACAAACUGCAAAUUUGUGUGACUUAAGGCAUUUUAAAUGUGCAUAAAAAAAGCACAAGUGAGAUGUCUGAUAAUGUAUAUAUAUAUCUCAUAAAUCAAGAAUUAUCUUUAUUUUCGCUGGAAUGUGGUAGAGUAGACAGUAAAAUAUCAAUAUUUCAUAUGUAUGUGUAUUUUUAGUGCAAAUGGGACAAUCAAUGCAAAAGCUGCAAAUUAAGUCGCUGAAAAUCUGCAGAGGCGUUAAAUAAAGCUUUACCAUUGAAA